UAAAAAAACAUCAACAGAGCUUGUCAAUCAGACACGUAAAUGUUGGAACUUCCCGAAAAGAUUAGUGAUUAUUUGGCACCCUUGGUCAGACAUGGAAGGCGGUCUUGGCAGCCAAAGAUAUGGAAAGAUUAUUUUCCUAGUCCUCACAGUUUUUAGUGUUUGGUCAGCAGCACAAUCAAGCAAGUGCAGAGGCAACGUUUGUUACAUUGAGGAUUCUAGUUUCACAGACUUUCAGAGUGCAAGGCAGAGAUGCCAGUCAUUUGGAGGCGAUGUGGUUAUGGUUGACACACUUGAAGAGAGAAGAUUACUGACUGAAAUAUGUCUUCGUAGUAACUAUACUGCACCGUACCUACUGAUGGGAGCAACUUACAGUUCAGAACAAUGGGUGUGGUUUACUGGAGAAGCAGUAAAUCCAUCAGUCAUGUCUUGGGCAGUUGGGCAGCCUGAAGAUCCUUCUACACAGCCAUUUCUGUGUAUUGAUUCCACAACUGGUCUUUGGCAUGAUUGUGCAAGUGAUUUACAGGGAGUUUUGUGUGAGACCCCAUCAUUCUGUCCAAGACUGGGCUGUUGCCCUGGCGUAAAUAGUACCUGUAGAGUAAACAUACCUGGACAUGGCGGCUGUUAUUGUGAUGAAUAUUGCUUAAGAGCAAACGAUUGUUGUGAAGACUACGUGGACACCUGUGUAGUGAUCGAUGAGUGCUUUGCUUACACAACUGUUACUGGUGAAAUAUCAAGAAGUUCAAUGUACCACAAGAAUUCUGUUGAAGCAGUAGCAUGUGAUGAUAAAAUAGACCACGGCUGGUUAAGAUUUGACAUGAUAACUGGGAAUGAUAUGCCUGUGACCUGCCAUUUUGAAGGUGACUGUGGUACAGAUAAUCCCAUAUGGCUUAAUGGUUCCUUACCCUCUGCUGCUGAUGGUGUCAUCAACAGAACCGCAUGUGUAAAGAAUUCCACAGUUUGCUGUGCCAAGACGUAUGACAUACAGAUUAAGAACUGUUCUACAUACAAUGUGUAUCAUCUGCCACCUGUGACUCAGUGUCCUGAGCGUUACUGUAUAGGUGAUAAGGCACUCUGUCCCCCAGGAACUGUCUCAGAAAAUGGAUUUGAACCAGGUUGCUCAGAUAACUUCCCAAAUAUAACGCAGCAACCAGACAUUCAAGUGGAUGAAAGAGUUGUACGCUAUACUUUUGGAAAUAUACCAAAAAAAGAGCUUAUGUUCACCUGCCUGCCCUACUAUGAUGAAGUUCCUCCAGAGCGGCUGUCUCAGCUUGUCUUUGAUGUGGAAUGGUACAUUGAUUCACAACUUGUCCAUGAGGAGGACAGUGUUAAUGUGACUGAUUUGCCUGCUCAGCUCAGAGAAAGUGUCUGGCUGAGCAAAUCAAUUACUCUUGGUUUUCAGGUAAAAUGCAGAGUAAAGGGAAAGUAUGUACAAGAUGGACAACAAGUUGGUGCCAGAAGUUUAGCUGUUGAAAGUCCAGAGUUUUUUGCAGGAAUAAAGGUGCUGAAUUCAAGUGACUUUCCAAUUAGAAUGAAAGAAAAUGAUCCCAAUCCUGCCAUUAUAGCUUUUCAACCAACAGUGCCAAUCCUGUGCACAGACAGUCCAUCGCAUGGCUUGUUUUGCAAAGACAUCUUCCUCCAAGUGGAAGUCCGCAUUCCACAACAAUGGAAACAAGCACUGUGUCCAUCAGAGGGUGGAGUUAGUCAAAUACAACAAGUGGUGGUGGAGGCAUGUGGCAUAGAGAUAAAUGCUAAGUACUGGAAUAAAACUGUCACCUUGAAAAUAGCCCCAGUCAUAGAUGGAAUAUAUGAUGGAAACCAAAUCACCAAAGUGUUGCUGUCAACAGCUGAGUUCAAUGAUCAUCAAGCCUGGAGCAACUACAGACUACCAGAUAUACCAGUAUUGGUGGUUGAUGCAGACAUAGCUUUACAAGGACAUGUUUGUAUGGCAAACAGUGACCCACACAUGGUGACCUUUGAUGGAGUUACAGAUUUCAAGGAAACUACACAUUUCAAGGAAAUCCAGUUGGCCUAUUGUCUUGAAACUCACAGAAGUACCAGUAGCUGUGAAUGCUACCCAGGGUUUGUGUCAAGUGAUUGUUCUAUCAGCAGGGAUACUAUUCCUGACUUAUUUUAUAUGCCAACAAAUGGGCUUUGUGACAUUUCUCAGCGUCCAUGUCUUGAAACUCCAGUUUAUGGAGGCCCAUUUGUACAGUCAUCCAACCUGUCUUGUAAAACGGAACAUUUAACGGCAUCUGAUGUGAUAACUGAAUAUAAUGAAGCAGAGUUCGUACAUGAAGAAGAGGUGAUCUGCCCAUUCCCAAAAUUGCGUCAGAAGAGGAGUGAUAUCAGUAGUGAGGAAGUGAUAAAGAUUUACAAUAUCAGCAUCAGUAAUAGUGGUACCAACUACAGUCAUCCUCUGAAAGUGGCCGUGUAUGACUCUAAAUGCUACAAAUGUGAUGGGCCAUCACAAUGCCAAUUAAAGAAUGGAACUUGCAGCAUAAACGGUAAAUGCUUUAAUAAGGAGGAACAAAACCCCAGUGAUGCCUGCCAAAUCUGUAAUCCUAAUGUCACUACUAGUGAUUGGUAUCUUCGGCCCAAUACCUGCACCAUUGACAACCAGUGUUACACAGAUGGUCAAGAAAGGACAGGGUCUUUUUGCCAUGUUUGUUCUUCAGAUAAGAACAGGAAUUCUUGGGAUAUUAAGAAUGGAACAUGCAGAAUUGAAGAAAUGUGUUAUAAGGAAAAUGACACAAAUCCUGAUGACCCUUGUAAGAUUUGCAUCCCAUCAUGGAACAAAACUGCUUGGUAUACACAGAACAGUGCAUGUAGAAUAAAUGGGACAUGUUAUCACGAGGGAGAUGCACAGGAAGGAAAUUCAUGUAAAGUCUGCAACCCAGCUGUCAACAUCACAGAUUGGGUGCUCCUGAAUGAAACAUGCUUUGUGAACUAUACUUGCUAUAACAAUAGUGACAGAAAUCCUACAGAACCCUGUCAGCUGUGUGACCCUAAGUACAGCACAGAGGCAUGGUUUGAUCUGAAUGGUACCUGCAGUAUAAAUGGUUCAUGCUACAAUGAAACCCAGCAGAAUCCAGCAAGGCCAUGCCAGAUAUGUGAUCCUGUAGUGUCAAUCACACAGUGGACAGAUCUGAGUGAAAAUUGUGAAAUUGAGGGGAUCUGUAUUGGCAACCUAGAAUCAAGAAGAAGUCAUGUGUGUCACGUUUGUUCCUCCAGCAAUUCAAGAACUGCUUGGACAAUCAAGAAUGGCACCUGCAGUAUAAAUGGUUCAUGUUACAAUGAAACCCAGCAGAAUCCAGCAAGGCCAUGCCAGAUAUGUGAUCCUAGAGUGUCAAAUACACAGUGGACAGAUCUGAAUGAAAAUUGUGAAAAUGAAGGGAUCUGUAUUGGCAACCUAGAAUCAAGAAGAGGUCAUGUGUGUCAUGUUUGUUCCUCCAGCAAUUCUAGAACUGCUUGGACAAUCAAGAAUGGCACCUGCAGAAUAAAUGGUUCAUGUUACAAUGAAACCCAGCAGAAUCCAGCAAGGCCAUGCCAGAUAUGUGAUCCCAAUGUGUCGAACACAGAGUGGACAGAUCUGAAUGAAACUUGUGAACUUGAUGGGAAAUGCCUUGGCAACCUUGAAUCAAGAGAUGGUCACGUGUGUCACAUUUGUUCUCCCAGCACCUCUAGAACCUCUUGGACAAUCAAGAAUGGCACCUGUAGUAUAAAUGAUUCAUGCUACAAUGAAACCCAGCAGAAUCCAGAAAAGCCAUGCCAGAUUUGUGAUCCCAGCAUAUCACUGACAAUGUGGAUUAUUUUGAACACAGAUGUGCUAAGAGGAGACAGAUACAUUAGUAAUCCAACUGCUAUUGGCAGAGACAACCAGGGAUACCAGAGCUCUACAGAAAGAUAUGACAGAGGCUCCAAAUACCAACAGAACAACAGACAUCAACCAGCCUAUAAGAUAGGACGACAGAUAUAUAUACCUCCACCAGAUUAUUGA